UUCUCUCCUCGCUGGCAAGCAACCGGCGAGGACAGCGGCUUGUGAAUAGCUGCCGAGUGGCCGGGCGGUAACAAAGGGAUCCGCAGACCAGCGGCUGAGCUGCCCGCGCCGUGCUUAGCGCAGGAGCUGCCACCCCAAGAACAGAGAGAGGGAGUCUGAUCUACAGAUUUCAUAACUGGGUGGAUGCUUUGGUGACAUCAGUCUUGUCUGUAAUCUUCUGUCACUUAACAGAAAGGGUCUCCAGUCAGGAGGGAACAAGUGGCUUGUGAACUUCAUUAGAAAUCUGCUCAUCACUCUGGCGUGUUGGAUUUGUAAGAGAACACAGCUUCUCACCAUUGUUAGAAAACCAGCAGAUACUUAAAAAUGAGUAGUGGUUGCUCUAACUCAAGUAUUAGCCAACAACAGGCUCAGCAUCCUUCCCUGUGUUAAUCACCUCAUUCUGAUACACCAUACAUUAUGGUUGCCAUCAAUCUACUGAAAAAAUGCAUGUAUGGACUCCUGUUAUUGCUUGUGGUUCUGACUAUUUGCUUGUGGAGGGAAACAAGAAAAGGCUACUACGUUCCCUUCAAAACAGAAAGCAAAAGUUUUCAGAUUCUCAGAGCUCUGGGAAAAGGAGACGUAUUUACAUCUCGACUCCUUUCAAGCAAAGCUGUCAAUGUGAAGGACCAGUUAUCUGUUGCUUUGCCUGUCAAACUGGAAAAAGUAAAUGGCAGCAUCUCUCUAACCCCUCCAGGAAACAAUGCAGUGGCAAAGUCCAAGAAAUCAGUACUCUCUGUGAAUGUCUGGAAUGAGGAAAGUUCAUCAAAGAAUCUCAUACCCAGGCUGCAAAAGGUCAAAAACAAUUACCAGUCCAUGAACAAGUACAAUGUGACUUACAAAGGGAAAAGGAAUACUGCCAGACUCAGUCCAGAGAAACUGCUCUGCCAGCUCCGGGACAGAGUGAAUGUGACAAUGAUCCAUGGGUCAGACGGUCCAUUCAAUACCUCUGAAUGGCAGAAGUAUCUACCAGAAAAAAACCUCAGCCAAGAAGUUGGCCACUUCCGUCAAUGCGCUGUCGUGUCUUCAGCAGGAUCUCUGAAGUCCUCACAUCUGGGACCAGAGAUAGACACCCAUGAUGCAGUUUUGAGAUUUAACGGGGCUCCUACCAUAGGGUUUCAGACUGAUGUGGGUGAAAAGACAACAGUCCGUCUUGUUAAUUCCCAGCUUGUAACUGUCAAAGAGCAGAAGUUCCUUACAGAUAUGUUGUACAAUACUGGAAUCUUAAUUGUCUGGGAUCCAGCACCUUAUCAUGCAGAAAUUCAUCAGUGGUACAGGAAACCAGACUACAAUUUCUUUGCAAACUACAAGGAGUAUCGUACUAGACAUCCGAAACAGCCCUUUUAUAUCCUGAACCCAAAAAUGCAGUGGGAGCUCUGGGAUAUCCUGCAGGAGAACUCACUGGAGGAUAUUCAGCCCAAUCCACCUUCUUCUGGAAUGCUUGGUGCCUGGACCUCUCUCAGGAGUCAUAGCACUCCUCCUCCUCUCAUCAGCUGGUUCCAUAUGUGUCUGAGGAGGAAGAAUCAGAACCAGUUCCAAUGGGGGCCUCAUCAUCAUCUCUGGACACCAUUGUCACUCCUUCAUUGCCCUCUCCUCUGGAUGACAACCAGCAAUAUCAGGAGUUGUUGCACGGGGUCACUAAUGAUCUACAAAUUCAUCUAGAGGAGGUCCAUGACCCUCAGAAUCAACUAUUGGACAUUUUACAACCACAGGGACCGACCAGGGUGGCCCUUCCAAACUAAUCAGGCCAUGUUAGAAUCUGCCAGAGAGGUUUAGCAAACACCAGCAUCUUGUGCCCCUAUGCUAUUUUGUGCUGGCUAAGGAUGCUGACUUCUUGUUUUCUCAUCCUGCCCGUAAUUUGUUGGUGGUACAGGUGACUACAGAGAGAGCUCAGCCACACUACCAAAAAUCUACCUUGGCCCAUAAAGGCUCAAAGAGAGUGGAUCUGCAGGUAGGAACGUUUUCUCCUCUGCAAUCCUCUAGUUUUGUAUAGCUGAUUACAAAGCUUUAUUAGCAAAAUACAAUUUUAACACUACACCAGGCCUACAGAAUGAAAGACAAAUUCCCCAUGGAAGACUGAGCCCAGUUCCAGUCCUUUCUGGAUGAGGAGAGGCUGGAUGAGGAGAGUCACUUAAUACUGUGAGCAUUCCAGUUAUCCUAGACUAUCUCCUCUUCUUGAAGAGCUCAGGGUUCACCCUCAGUUCACUGUGAGUACACCUAGCAGCGAUUUAGUGCCUUUCUCCCCCCAGUGGAAGGACAUUUUAUCUUUACAAACCCAACCAUGGUUCAAUUUAUGAAGGGCUUGAUCAGGACCCUUCCCACUGGUUAUUAAACCUGUGCCUCAAUGGGACCUUAACCUUGGCCUCUCAACACUUACAGGCCUGCCCUUCAAACCUCUGGCAACAUGUUCCAUGAUCCCCCUGUCCAUGGAGGUGGCAUUCUUAGUAGCCAUCACUUUGGCAAGAAGGGUCAGUGACUUGGGAGCCAAAAUGGUAGACACUCCUUAUACAGUAUUUCACAAGCAGAAGCUUUCCCUUAGGUUACAUCCCAGAUACUUUCCCACAGUUGUGUCUGAGUUCCGUAUCAAUCAAUCAAUACACUUACCUGUAUUCUUCCCAAAACCCCAUGCUUCUUCUGAGAAAAGAGACCUCACUCCCUUAACAACAGGCUCGUCCUGGUGUUCUAUCUGCAAAAAAACAAAUCCAUUAGAAAAUCUCCAAGAUUCUUUGUUGUUGUGGCAGAAAGGUCACAGGGACAAGCUAUAUCAUUACAGAGGAUGUCUAAGUGGAUUUCAGGAUGCAUCUCACAAUGCUAUAAAACAGCGAAGUUCCCCCAUCCUGGACGUAUCACAGCUCACCUCAUGUGGACACAAGCUGCCUUAUUGGAUGUUCCACUACAAGACAUGUACAGGCCACCAACUUGGAGUUCCAUCCAUACUUUGACAUCACACUAUGCUCUAACUCGAGCAGCAAUGGCGGAUGCAGCUAUAGGAACAGCAGUACUACAACCCUCUCUGCUGCCAGUUUCCUCACAGCAUCUUCCGUUCUGAAUGUGCUGUUUGAGAGUCCCCCAGAUAUGGAAUACACAUAGGGACCUGCACUCGAAGAAGAAAUGAAGAUUACUUGCUGUAAUUGGAGGUUCAUUGAGAUGUGUGAUCCCUAUCUGUAUUUCAGUACCCACCUUCCCUUCCCUCUGCUUUGGAUCUAGUUGGAUUGCAGUAAGAAGAGGAACUGGAAUGGCGUCUGCCCACACUGCCUCUUAUAGUCUCAGUCAGGAGCACGAGGAGAGUUACUGCGCAUGUGUGGGUCAAUGGAGACUGCUUUGAAGAAUUUCUGGACUCAAGCACAUGGUGUGCAUGCGUACCCAUGUGUGGAAUACAGAUAGGAACCACACAUCUCAAAGAACCCUCAGUUGCAGUAAGUAACCUCUGCUUACCUCUCCCACCUUGUUUCUCUAAUAUCCUGUGACGAACUCAGCUACAACUACAUUGUGUAUCCCAGUGAUGAUGUGAAGCUAAAAUUGUUCAGUAUGCUCUGGGAACCUUUGGAAAGCCCCAUUUAAGUGGAAAUAGUUACUUAUGGUAAAGUCUGAUCAAAAUAUUUUUUUAAAAAUGGGGAUUACAAUUUGACAAAGUAGUCACAAAAUUAAAAGGAAUUUGUUGUGCAGCAUUAGUAGAUUCCCUAGUCGUCCUUCCAGAUGUCACAAAUACAUUCAGAUCUGAAACUCAGCAUAAUUCAGUGGGAUGCUAGAAAAUAAAUAUUGAUCCAGAUUCCCUGUUAUGCCCUGGGUACUUUGUACUGCUUUAGCAAGGUAAAGCAGCCUGUAAACCUGGAUUAAUUGUUACCCCUUUAACAGUUGCUUUGCACAGAACAUACCACGGAAUCUGGCUGAUCAUCAUUAUUAACUGCAUUCUAGAAUUGCUUGUAUACUUCAUAUAAGACACAUGAGGGCAAUACUGCUCCAUCUAGGGAAAUUGCUUUGAGCUUGAAGAGUAGCAUACUGUACAGUUGAACUGCAAAACAAGCCCUCUCUAGAUUUGUGAUUUUUACUGGCUGUGCAUUCAUUAGGUGAGAUGUUGCACUCCUCCCCCACAACACAAAACCCUCCUCUAGACUUGAGAGUGGCCAGUUUUGCCAACUUAAAUAGUAAUGGGGACUGAAGCCUGAGCCUGCCCCAGUCCCACCGCCCUAGGUGAGGGGACCAAAACCCCAGCCCCGCUGCCCUGGGCGGGGGGCCUGUAACCUGAGCCCCGCCACUGAUGGCCGAAGCUGAAGCCCUCAGGCUUUGGCUUCAGCCACAGGUGGUUGGCUCAAGCUUCAGCCCCAGACUCCAGCAAGUCUAAACCAGCAUUAGUGAUCCCAUUAAAACAGGGUUGCGACCCGCUUUGGGGUCCUGACCCACAGUUUGAAAACCACUGAUAUAGUGCAUGCUUGGCUACUCGGCAAGUUUUCACCCAGCUAUCAAGAAGAAGAAGCAUUUUUUAAUGCUGAUCUUAUAACUCAUAGCAUAUUGCUGUCACACAGUAUCUUCAUGAGGCUUUAAUGGGGCAGACUGUGCCGUGUCUGACAGGAUGCAGCUGCCAGUCGCAGCAUCUGUGAUUUUGGAGGUGUAACCAAUUUGUGUGUGAAUGAGCAAGUGGUUCAACAAUUGUGCAGACUUCAAGGAGCUUCAGAAAGUAGCCUCCUCCAAUCACAGCCUUUUCUCCCUCUCCAUGUGCUCUGAACAUUAAGAAGACCACUUCUUGCAGGGAAACCCCACCACCUCCCAUCUUGGGAGACAGAAGGCGAUAUUUCGCAUAAACCUCCUGUCUCACAUUUAAGCAAGAAGAUGGAUGGUUUCAUAACCUUUUUGCCCCCAGGUUGACUAACUGGUUCUUGCUCUCCCCC